AUGACACCCUUCAAGAUGAAGACGGAAGUGUGUCUGUGGGUCCUAUGGCUCUACUGUCUCUGCUACACCUCAGAUAUUCCCUUAUACAAGACAACUGAUGACCUCCUCUGUCCUAAUGCAUCGCAGAUUAUUACAUCUCCUGGUUACCCAAAUGGAUAUAAAAACAACAUGGAGUACAGGUGGACGUUUCGUACCCGAUAUCCGGGAAGUUUGCUCUCGAUUAAAUUCAACCAUUUUGACAUAGAAAAAAACUACGACUAUGUGCUCAUCUUCAGCGACGGUGAGCAGAUUGUCAGCUACACUGGCUCCCAGAUCCCUUCAACAGUGUCAGCAAAGGCACCGUUAACGGUUGUCUUUCAAAGCGAUUACUUCGUAACCUCUAGCGGAUUUGAAGCUGAAAUAUCAGGAAUAAGUAAUGGAAUUUGUUUUGACUUCGAUGAUGGAUGGAGUGGGUGGAAUCCUUAUCCAGUUUCGAGUUCUAGUUAUCAAUCGUUUAAGCGGUCUUCCAGGAAAAUCAUUGGAGAUGAUACAAAUCGUUACUCUGCAUCAGAGUAUUAUUCCUAUAUUGAAUCGUCUUCGGGUAACUCACAACGGUAUGGAUAUUUGGAAAGUGCCGAAAUACCAUCUACUUGGAGUGAUGGUUGCAUUGAAUUCUACUACUACAUGACUGGAGGGGCAUAUCAACAUUUAUAUGUCCAGCAUUAUAUCGGCUCUACUGGAAAGACCCUGAUGGCAUUGUACUACUGCUUAGGCACCGGGUGGCAGUAUGGUCGUUUACAAUUCAUCAGCGGCAGUUCUUCAAACAAAAUAAGGUUUGAGGGGUACGUUGACCAUGGAAGCACAGGAAAUAAAACAAUUCUAGCGAUUGAUGACGUGUACAUCAGUGAAGGGAAAUGUCCGCCCAUCACAGAUGGUACUUGUUUUGGUUAUCAAACAUUGAAGUCGUCUUCUGAAAACCUCGUUGAAAAUGAUACAAAUACUUACUCUGCAUCAGAUGGAAUUUGUUCCGACUUCGAUGGUGGAUGGAGUGGGUGGAAUCCUUAUCCACUUUCAAGUUCUAGUUAUCAAUCGUGGAAGCGGUCUUCUGGGAAACUAACUGGAGAUGAUACAAAUCGUUAUUCUGGAUCAGAUGAUUACUAUACGUAUAUUCAGUCGUCUUCUGGUAACUCUCAGCGGUAUGGAUAUUUAGAUAGUGCCACACUACCUACUACCUGGAGUGAUGGUUGCAUUGAAUUCUACUACUACAUGAAUGGACAUGCAACUCAAUACUUAAAUGUUUACCAUUACACUGGUGGAAAGGCCCUGAUGCUGUUGUACUACUCAGGCACUGGGUGGCAGUAUGGUCGUGUACAAUUUACCGACGGCAGUUCUUCUAACAAAAUAAGGUUUAGAGGGAGAGUUGACCAUGGAAGCACUAGCAGUAAAACAAUUAUUGCGAUUGAUAAUAUUUAUAUCAGUGAAGGAAAAUGCUUGCAUACCCAAGAUGCAACUGUGCCUCCUACAAGUAAUAUUAACUUGUCAACAUUACAAGAUGGGCGAACGACAUCACCAAGCAUGGAGUCAAAACUUAAUGUCAUUUGCAGUGAUUCGUACAUGACAGUGUAUUUGGAUCCUUCAAUUAGUAAAGACGAUAACGUUCACUUUCUUGACCCAACAUGUACGGCUGCCGGAAUUGUUUAUCGAAACGACAGUCGGUGGAUUUAUUUAUAUACUCGCUAUGACCAAUGCCAAACCACACUGACGUCGACUUUAUGGUCAACAACCUACCGUAAUCAGGUUAUUGUAUCUACGAACACGAACUAUGAGAUAUACCGAAAGGAGGAUCUUCACUUUACGGUAGAAUGUGAGGUUAAAAAUAGAGGGAGAGCCGCUGUGGACUUUGCUCCAGAGGGUGCUGGUGAAGACUAUUUCAAGCGAGAAAGUGGGAAUUUGACGUUUACGAUGGCGCUGUUUACCAAUAGUAGUUACUCUACCCCCUAUUCCAGUUGGCAGUAUCCUGUAAAACUGGACCUUGGUAGUAAAGUAUUCGUUGGUGCAAGCGUGCAAACGUUCGGCAAUGACAUGGUCCUGUUUGCUGAUUCCUGUAAGGCGACACCUAACCCCGACUCAGACGCAAGUCCACAAUACCAACUGAUCGAAAAUGGUUGUGGUGUAGAUUCAACAGUUGAUUUUGAUGGCCAAUCAACGAUCAACAAAACAUCUCGUGUCUUCUUUUCAUUUGAAACUUUUGGCUUCAGGGAUUAUUCAACGGUGUUUGUACAUUGCCAAUUAUUUGUUUGCAAUGGGAGUGAUGUCCAAUGUCGUAGGGACUGCCAGCAACGUGGACGCCGUGAUGUAUCUGCACCGAACAAACUAUCUGAUACGAUUCCGAUUGCUAUUGGACCUGUGAUACUAAAGCGACCAGACGACGGUUUAGAUGUUAUCCUUGACACCAAAGGUACAACAUAA